AUGUUUCAUAGGAGUAUCUACUUUGGCAUUAUCUUCCUGUACCAAAUUGUAAUUGGGGGCCUAGCAAACUUUUUCUUACUGACUCUAUAUAUUUUAAAUGCCCUUGCUGAUCACAGAACGAAGCUAAUAAAUUUGAUUCUCUGUCAGCUGACUUUGGCCAACUUUACCACGCUUCUUAUCAAGGGAGUCCCACAAACAUUAUAUAUUCUUGGGUGGAAUAAUUUCCUGAAUGAUGGUUCGUGUAAAGUUGUCUUUUAUCUUCACAGAGUGGGCCAGGGGCUUUCACUUUCUUUUACCUGCCUCUUGUGUGUCUUCCAGGCUAUCACCAUCAGUCCCAGUGAUUCUAGGUGGGUACAGUUAAAAGCUCGAUUCACAGAGUACAUUGUCCACUCCUGUCCCUUCUGCUGCAUCCUCAAUCUGCUCAUAGAAAUUCCUGUGGCAAUAACUUUGAGAGGUUCAAGGACCAGUACCAAUACCACAUGUAAUUAUAACAUUUUAUUUUGUUCUUCAGGAAACUUUUUAGUUGCUUAUUUGUUUGUGACCACUCUCAGAAAUAUGCUCUGUAUGGAUCUUAUGGUCUGGUUCAGUGGCUACAUGGUGUAUAUGCUAUACAGGCACCAUAAGAAAAUGAAGACCAUAUGUAGUAACAACCUCUCACCCAGAACCUCCCCUGAGGAGAGAGCUACCCAAAGCAUCUUGCUGCUAAUGUGUGUCUUUGUCUUUUUUUACUCACUUAACUCUAUUUUUACUGUUUAUAUUCCUAAUUCAGAUGGAAAUACUUUUUGGUUUUUGUCCUCUGCUUUUCUGUCUCUAUGUUACCCAACUUUCAGCCUCUUUAUACUAAUUUCUCGAGCUCCCAGUGUUCUCUGGGCCAGGAAACAUCCCCAUUCCUCCACUCACUCUAAAAGUCAGUUAAAAACUUAG